AUGGCUACCGGCGCUCGCUCAGCUAAGCGCCGCAAGCUGAGCCCACCCGACGACGAUGCGCUCGCAGCCGCCGAUAAAUCGACGCCGGGUCCCACGCCUGCGAAAAGCACUCUGAAGCGACCGACACGCCGCGCCGGCCUCCUUUCCACCGAUGGUAGCCGCGCCAGCUCGAGACUCACCCGCCGACAAGGUCACGCCAACGACCUCGACGACCCAGACGUAUACGACGAUUUCGACAGCGCCUUUGGAGAAUCGCCGGCCAGACAGCUGCAAAGCGAAACUAUUACCGCUACAAAACGCGCACAGCUACCAAAGAGAGCAACGCGGGCGAAGCCAAAGGUUGCGACCCAGAGCGACUCGCAGAAGGAGAAUAUCCCUGAGGACGACAGCGAGCAGGAUAAUGAGGAAAAGGUUGUGCCGAAGCCUGUGAGGCGCGGUCGCAACGCGCGGGUGGAGGAGACUGAGGCUGCGCCUGAAGCAGAGAAAGAUGACACCGAUGAGCUUGUGUCUGCGCCUGCGCGGUCGCGGAGUGGAAGAGCGAAAGCGGGGGCGAAGAAGCAAGAGACGCCGGCCAAGAAGGCACGCACAACAAGGAAAGCACAGGAAAAUGGUCACGAAGAGCAGGACGACGAGCCUCGGACUGCCAGGAAGCCAGCCGGAAAGACAAAGACACCGACUAAGCCCCGGGCAUCAGCUAUAGAGCCGGCGGAGGAGAAGGCGAACUUGCUAGACUUGGUUGAAACUGGGGAUAAGGCAAGUGAAAACGACGCAGGAGAUGCUACACCGGAACCGACGGUAUCGCCCGUUUCGAAGCGGCGUAACCAUUCCGUCAAGUCGCAGAGCACACCAAAGAAGGCGGUUGAGCCUUCUGGAACUGAACCAUCACGAAGUGCUUUAACCUCGGUCAAGGUCAAGGUUCUGGCUCAAAUCACCGGCAAGGAGCCCGUACCGCUAGUCGGCCUUGAAGAAGAAUACAAGAAGGUCCAUCAGCUCGUGGAGCAGACCAUCAGUGCAGGAGAAGGAAAUUCUAUGCUCAUGAUUGGGGCUCGGGGAAGUGGCAAGACAGCGCUGGUCAAUCAGGUGUUGAGAGAACUGUCCAAGGAUCAGCGGCAGGACUUCCAUGUUAUCAGGCUGAAUGGCUUUUUCCAUACCGAUGACAAGCUUGCGCUCCGUGAAAUCUGGAGACAGCUUGGAAAGGAGAUGGAUGUAGAGGAAGACACUAUCGGCAAGAACUAUGCCGAUACACUGGCUACCCUCCUCGCUCUCUUAUCUCAUCCUUCGGAGCUGGUGGGAGAGGAGUCCAACGAAGUCGCCAAAGCAGUCAUCUUCAUUAUGGAUGAGUUCGACCUCUUCGCUUCGCAUCCUCGUCAAACUUUGUUGUACAAUUUGUUCGACAUUGCACAGUCCAAAAAAGCGCCUAUUACCGUCCUAGGCUUAACGACAAGAAUCGGUGUCUCUGAGAAUCUUGAAAAGCGAGUGAAGAGCAGAUUCAGCCAUCGAUACGUUCACUUGUCGUUAGCAAAGAACUUGGCAUCCUUUCAGGAAAUGUGCAAGUCGAACCUGAUGCUACGGCCUGAGGCGUUCAGCGAGUGGGAGCCGACCACGUUUACUGGUCAAACUCCAUCGAAGUCCCGGACUAGCUCCAAGAGCAAGCAAGCGGCAAAUCCCACGAACCUCAUUACAGCUUGGAAUGCUUCGAUAGAUUCUCUCUUCGCCGACCCUCAAUUCAUCCAGACCUACCUUGCCCCGCACUAUCACCUCCACAAGUCCGUCCCCGCGGCUCUCUCGACCUUCCAGGUCCCCAUCGCCCUCCUUUCACCCGACACCUUCCCCCUCACGCCAGCCCACUUCGUCCCUCCCACCUCAACCACCGCGGCCGCAGCAACAUCGGCAACCCUCCUGGCCCCGCCAGACUCGAAGCUCUCCCUCCUCCCGCACCUCUCCGACCUCGGCCUCGCGCUACUCGUCGCCGCCGCCCGCCUCGACAUCAUCCACGACGCCGACACGUGCAACUUCAACAUGGCGUACGCCGAGUACGUGGCGCUGGCCAGCCGGGCCAAGAUCGCCUCGGCCGCCGGCGGCGCCCUCGCCUCGGGCACCAAGGUCUGGGGCCGCGAGCCCGCGCGCCGCGAGUGGGAGAACCUCAUUCGCUGGGAGCUGAUCAUGCCCGUCGUGGGUGGAGGCGGUAGCGGUGGGGGCAUUGGUGGAGGUACGGCUGAUAGCGCCAUGGUGAGGUGUGAUGUCGCGCUCGAGGAGAUUGCGCCGAGCGUGGGGCCGGGGUUGGAUAGGGUUGUGGAGAGAUGGUGUAGGCAGAUUUGA